CAGUGAAAUAACUCGUUAGAAAGGUGCGUAAAUAUACGUACACACAAGGGUGAUUAAACUUUGCUGGGAUGCGAUACCACAAGAAAAAGACUCCAGUAGUAUAAAAGGGUCUGUAUUCUGUCUAGACUGCAUCAGUUUCAAUUGCGAAUCGCCCAUUGCUGCACAUGAUAUCAGCAACUAUCAACAUGAAAUUCUUCGUUGUUCUUAUUAUCAUCGCUUUCAUAUCUCCCUUAUAUGCCCAGUCUGAAGAAAAAGAUAUCGAGAAGAGAGGCAUUUUUGGCUUGGGAAGUCUGGGAAGUGCUUAUGGACUUAGCAGUAUAUCGUACAGAGUUCCAGUAGUCACCAAAACUAUCGACACUUUACCUUUUAGCGGUGGAUAUGGAGGAUAUGGUCUUGGAGGUUAUGGAUAUGGCCUUGGAAAUUAUGGACAUGGUCUUGGAGGAUAUGGAGGAUACGGAAAAUAUUCUUUUGGAUGGUGA